AUGCCCGAGGGACCAUGGGAAGUAUUACAUACUGACUUCUAUGGACCAUUACCAAUAGGAGAAUAUUUGCUCGUAGUAAUCGACAGAUAUUCCAGAUUUCCAGUAGUUGAAAUUGUAAGAUCAACAAAAGCCUCUACCAUGAUUCCAAAGUUGGAUAAAAUAUUUGCAACGCAUGGCCUUCCAACAGUAAUUAAAUCGGACAAUGGUCCACCGUAUAAUAGCCAAGAGUAUAGAAGAUAUUUAGAAGCCCUUGGCAUUAGACCUGAAUUUUCCACACCAUACUGGCCGCAAGGAAAUGCGGAAGCCGAGCGGUUUAUGCAACCUCUGGGAAAGGCACUGAAAACUGCACAAAUUCAAGGAUGCCCUUGGCAGCAAGAGCUUAAUCGGUUCUCGUUACAGUACCGAACUGCCCCACAUUCAACAACUGGUGUCUCACCUUCAUAG